AUGCCGGCGACCUUGUCGGCGAACUCCUUGAAGGACUCGAUUUUCUUUGACAGCCUGCCUUCCCAGUUGUCUAGCAGUUCCAUGACAUUGUGCUGCUCUGUAACGCUGAAAUCCAGCUCGAACUUUGGCUUCUCCUUUUCUUCUUCCUUCGGUGCUGCGCUUCCGUCGGCGGGUGUGGUACCACUAGUUGUUGUCGAGGCACCAAAUGUAAAUUUAGGCCCCUCCGUUGUAGACGGCUUGGUGGACGAUUGCGCAUCGCUCGAUUUACUGUCUGCCUGUGAAUCCUUAGUGGCAGAGGAGCCGAAAAGUCCACCGGUGGUGGAGGGUGCUGUCGUACUUGAUGUGCCGCUCGUGGUGCUAGCACCGAAGAGGUUUGAGCUCGGAGUAGUUCCCGUAGUUGAGCUUCCUGUAGCGGACGUAGUGGAAGUCGUAAUAGUGCCAGCUGUUCCAGAUGUCGUGCUAGUUGUCGUAUCCGUCGUUUUACCGAAUAUAUUGGUAGUGCUGGUUGUGGCCGGCGUAGCCUGUGUGGAGCUUGUGGUAGUACUACCGAACAAGUUCGGCGCAGUUGAUCCCAGACUCUUCGACGCGCCAGAUUCCCCCGUAGUGGUUGAAGUGGCAGCACCCAAUGUGGUAGUUGUGCCAGAUGUUGUGGUAGACCCUGAGGCGCCGAACAGUGACGAGGUGCCCGUCGUUCCAGGUGUCGUGGAGGAUGCUGAUGUACCGAAAAUCGAUGACGUUCCGGUUGUUGCUGGCGUUGUGGACGUUCCCGAACUACCAAAAAUUGACGAUGUGCCCGUUGUUCCCUGCGUUGUAGAGGAUCCGGAAUUGCCGAAGAGAGAUGAUGUACCAGUCGUGCCACUGGUGUUUGUAGUACCAAACAAUCCUGCACCCUGUGUGCCAGUGGUACCGGAGGUAGGACUUGUGCCAGAUGUAGUUGCUGCCGGGGUAGAAGACGUGCCGAAAAUGUUUGUCGUAGACGUGCUCGGCGUAGCAGCAGCGCCGCUUGUGCCAGAGGAACCAAACAACGACGUGCCAGAAGUUGUCGAGCUGCUGGCCGAUUGCCCGAAAAUGUUGUUCGUCGUGGUCGAUCCAGACGCAGGUUGA